AGUUCACGAUCUCACGUCGAUCGAGAAUAUCACUCAGUGCCUUAUCGUUAUCAUUUUUCCAAGUCGAUUCGACGAGACCGUUACUGAAUUACCGGGAAGAAUAAUCGUGAAAAUUUUGCGACAAUAAAUUCAAACAUGUUCCUCGAGAGAGUUUGCCUGAUCUCAGCUGUCAUCGCCGUUGCUCUUGCGGCUCCGAGGAUAUCCGGGUCGAUGCCAACGUGGCAUAUACCAUGUGGAGAACCCAGUUCGCCAGCCGUCUCUUUGAAGAAUCUCGAGGAGGAAAUGAAGACCAGUCUGGCGAAUCUUAGGCUGCAACAUCAGCUGACGAUGAACGACUACUUGAAUCGAGACUACGAAUACCUGUACGAAAGAGUUAGGAUCGGCGUCGACGACCACCAGUACAUACCUAAUUGGGUACCCGGCAAGAAGGAUGUGAACCUUAUAAGAAAACUGGCCACCGCUAAUACUCCAAUGAUUGUCAACCAUUACCCGAAGAUGCACAUGGAUCUUCAGAAAUUCGCCGUGGCGUUCGAAGAACUGAUCGUGGACGAGCCUAGCUCUCAAAUUCGGCAAGCUCUUAAGGCGACUCAGUCGUACUUAACUAUGAUGUUAUGCGAGGUCGAAAGCAACAUUGUCUCCUUGCCCACCACCAUACGACUCCCGACACGCGUGGAACGAGACAUCAUGAGCCAUACCGAGCGAAACCCCGUCGACGAGACGCGGAGGCUCAUCAGGGACUGGGGCGUAAUUCUCAAGUACCGAGACUACCUGCACGCUUGGAGGCACGUAUUCGACUAUUAAAGAUAAAGAAAAGAAGUAUUAAAUUGACUGUCGUCAGCGGGUCAUCGAUUAUUUUCAUCAGAGGAUGACACAAGAUACAUCAGACUAUCGGGCGGCGUAUGCCACCGAUGUAAAUUGAUUUAGCACCUGUCGCGACUGUAGCCAUAAAAUCGCAUCACUAUCUGCAUGACGACGCAGUACACGUUGAAGUUACUGACAAUAAUCGUUGGUCAUGUAGCGAUUAUUACGAAAUCUGCGAAGACUAUGAAUCCGCCUUACACCGUGAUAAUUUCUCAAAAUUAUUUAUUGAAGCAAUUAUUUAUUCUCGCGGCGCACGAUUGAACAUGUAUAGCGUCUAGUAUUUAUUUUUACACGUAGCAAAUUAUUUAUUUGGUAAAUUAAUUAUUUAUUUAUUCGGAUCGAUAGUACCUUUACCAAUUGUACCUUCUGAGAGGUACUACGCAACCGGUAUCGACUUAUAAGAUAAUCGGUUGCACUUUGUGAUAAUCAGUCACUAUGACAAUUGUAAUUGUUGCAUCCUUGUGACAAGUGAUCACUUAUAGAUUAUUUACAAAAGACAUUAUUUGUAAAAGAAAUGAUUUUUAUUUUUCGCGCAGUAUUAUAUAUUUAUAACUCAAAGCAAGAUGUA